AACGCGGUAAGAUAAGAAGAUGAUGUAAUCAAUCUAACCGCGCACAGUGGCUGAGAUCGCGGACUUUCACAUUAAGCAUCUUGUACAACGACAGUUGCAUUACCGCCGACAACGAGGCUACCAACAAGGCUGUAGCAGGGGGAUUACAUCUUGCUGUUGCUAGCAUUUUCAAUACUUUGAGGACCCACAAACCAUUGAUAUUACAUCCCAAAAGCCCACCAUGCCCCCCGAAAAACGAAACAAAUUCCUCGACGCAGACGAGAGUGACGACGAACUCGAUCAGGGCUACGACUCCGAGGCCGAGGAGCUGCGCAAGGGAGGCCGCAGCGCCAAGAGGCGCAAAGUCGACAGCGAAGACGAGGACGACUUUAGCGACGAAGAGCAGAAUGUCACAAAGGACGCAGAAGACGCAGAGAGCGACGAUGAAGGCGCCGACGGAGAAAAUGAUACGGAAGCCUCAACCUCGACCAACAAGAAAAAGUCCUCAUCAACCUCGACAAAGCUAGACCUCCCAGACGUCUCCAAGCCCCUCACGAAAAAGAACCUCGUCGCGACGGAAGAGGCCAUCAAGAAAUCCGGCGUCGUCUACAUCUCGCGCAUCCCGCCCUUCAUGAAGCCCCAGAAGCUGCGCUCUCUCCUCGAGCCCUACGGCAAGGUCAACCGUAUCUUCCUCGCGCCAGAGGACCCGACCGCGCACACGCGCCGCGUCAAGGCCGGCGGCAACAAAAAGAAGUUGUACACAGAGGGCUGGGUCGAGUUCAUGCGGAAAAAGGACGCCAAGGCCGUUUGCGAGUUGCUCAACGCGCGGACCAUUGGCGGCAAGAAAGGGUCGUACUACCACGACGACAUCUGGACACUAAAGUACCUCAAGGGGUUCAAGUGGCGCCACCUGACGGAGCAGAUCACGGCCGAGAACAUGGAGCGGACGAGUAGGAUGCGGGCUGAGAUUAGCAAGGCGAGCAAGGAGAACAAGGAGUUUGUGCGCAAUGUGGAGAAGGCCCGGGUGCUGGACGGCAUUGCUGCAACGAGGGAGAAGCGCGGCAAGGCGGCUGCGGCGACGGAAGUGGGGGCUUCUUUUGCCGGCGGUGCUGCGACGGCGGCGGCGGACGAGAAGCUGGACAAGAGGCGGACGGUGUUUAAGCAGAUACCCUUGGCGGAUAGGAAAAGCGAGGCUGGCUCGGCUGCGAAGCCGGCAGGUGAUGUUGCGAGGGUGCUUGGGAAGAUCUUCUGAUGAGGAGGGUAGGGUGUGCGCUUAUUGUUCGGCGUUCGACGUUAUCGCCGUUUAUGUUACUGGUAAUAGGGAGCAUAAUGAGACUUUCAAAAAUCAUAAGAUGAAAAAUGAGAGCCCUAUGGACCGGCAGCCUCGGGAUGUUGCGGUGUGUGGUUGCAAGUGUACGUGGAGGUGGGCAUCGAUGGCCGACUGCCGGACUACGAAUGCGAGAGCUACUGGGUCACCAUCUUGUACGGCUGAGGUGGGCGGUCUGUCUGGCAUCUUGGCAUGAAAAGAGACGAUGCAAUGACGUCCUCUAGGUCUAUCUUAAUCUUACAGACGAAUCAUGC